AUUCAAAACUAUCAUCAUCUUCAUUCAAAACGGCUAGAAGUUUUGUGUUGAGACAUGUGAAUCACUAUCAUACUGGAAUGUUUUCAACUCUUCACUAAAGAGCAGCUCCAAGAUCCUUUCAUCUUGAAAUGGGAAAAGAAUACUAAGCAAACUCUUAUCUCCAGGAAUGCUGAUAAACUGCGGCGAUUUACUCUAUCUCACCCUGUGUUUGCACGUUAUGGGAAUAAUUGUUCCAUACAUGAUAUCCCUUCACAGAAAUAUAUUCGAACCACCUUUACCAUUUAUUAGCCAGGCAGUUGGAUCAAUGCCAGAGAGUGGUCUUUUUUCAUUAUUCGUAAUCCCAGGAAGUUUUAUGGGUAUCUUUUCUUGUGCCGCAAUUAAUAAAGUAUCCAGUGCGCAAGUGCAAAGAUUCUUGGAAAUUAUCGAUAAGGCAUCUGUGCGGUGUGGCGUUAUUUAUUUUCUUAGCUGGGUUUUCAUCAGUGCAUUCCCAUUCACCUUCACUGACCUCCCAAACAAGCGUGAAUGGGUAUUUUCAGUGUUAUGUGGGCAUAUGAUUGCCGCCCUUUCGAUGCUAGGGAGCUGCGUUUUAUUUAUCAUUUUUCAAGGAAUUCUAAGCUGGAAUGAUCAAAGAAAUAGAAGAGAAUUGGAUCUUAGAUGGAAACUAGCUGUUCUUGUUGCACCAGUAACUGUUAUAGGUAUCUUUUCACUGACUGCAGUAGCAUUUGAAGAAUUAGGGGCUAAUAAUGCUCUCCCAAUGACAGAAAUUCUUUACGUUCUUCCAUCGAAAUUCAGUUUCAGUUACUUAAUAACUUCCAUAUGUGAAUGGACUUUGAUUCUUGCAAUGUGGUUUACUCUAGCGACUUUCUGCGCAGAUAUGAGUAAAAAUAAUUUCCGGAUAGAAAUACGUCACAAAACUACCAAAGAAAUGUGCACAAAAAAGUAAGUACUGUAUUACAAUAUACAUGAAAAUUAUGUCAUUUAUAUAAAGUGAAUUUUUUUAUGUUCACAAGGAAAAAAAGAUAAAUUGUUUAUGAUUAUUUGUAAAAUUUUCUCAUGAAAUAAAAUUUUGUUACUCUUUAGUAUUACGUUCUAUAUUUCAAUGUUUUAAAAUGGUUUGAUGUAUUGUAAAAAUAUAAUGUACUUUUUGUAUAAUUAAAUAAAAAAUUAUUUU